CAUCAUCCCACCUUAUACGUACCUAACAUCGGUGCAAAAACAUACAUAAUGAUCUGCACAUUAACCCCAAUCAACCUCUACAACCCCUCGGAAUAUGCCACCCUCCAACGCCAACGCCACAUUUGCGGCUGGGACUACAGCGACGAGAGCAUCCUCGCCUGGCGUGAGAAACAAGACGCAGACUUGAAAACAUUCUUCUGGAUCAUCCUUCCCGGCAAGAGUGGUGACGACCCUAUUCGUGUCGGUCACAUCUCACUCGACGCAUACGCAUCCCCGCCUGAUCCGGGGCUUGCACAGGCCGAUCACUCUGUCUUGACCAUUCAAACGUUUUUCAUUCUGCCAGAGUACCGGACUGGUGGUGUCGGUCGUCGAGCUAUGCAGUUGGUGGAGGAAAUGGCGGUGAAUGAUCCGCGGUGUCAGACCGUUACUCUCAAUGCAUUGAGCAAAGAGUACAUUGAGAAUGAGGAGAAACGGGCCCUCCUGAAGUCGCUGGGCACAGAGCCGGAGUUUGCGGCGGUGUUGUGGUAUGAGAGGUUAGGAUACGUGCGGUGGAAGACGGAGCCGAGGUGGCCGUACAAGUUGCCUCAGGGAGAGGGCAUGUACGAGGCAGACUUCAUGAGGAAGCAACUGCGGUAGGGAGGCGCUGCGAAGUUUGACAGGUGGUGUUUUGUUGGUAGUCGGUAUACUAAUUUGGUGGUUAGUUGGUGGUUUAAUGAAUAGGGAUAGACUUAUCAGUGUGACAGGGGAGCGGGAUCGAUGAUGCGAAGUAGUGAUGGACGAAGAAGGGAGAUGAUGAGAAGCGGUCUAUAUAAAUAAUCGUUCUGGAAGAAACACUAUUGAAGAUCAGAGCCAUAAUAGG